AUGGGUAUCCUGAUAAUAAAAACUUGUGUCAACUGUGACGGCCCGCGUGGUAAAGGGAAGGCAAGAGGACAGAAUGAUGAAAAUCAAGAAAACGGAAAUAGUAGUGAAGAUGUCGACACUAACAUGGACUAUGACGACGAUAAGUUUGAAAAAAAGUACAGAGAUAGGAUCCUUGCAUCUUUGAGCGCGAAGCAUAACAUUCUUGGGGGAGUCGCUGAAUAUGGUAUCAUUGAGUACAUCGAAAUGCACCAAUUCAUGUGCCACAGAUAUUUGUCGUUUGCUUUUGGGCCACAGAUUAACUUUAUCAUUGUUCACAAUGGCAGUGGGAAAAGCGACAUCCUUUCUGCUAUUACUGUGGCACUCGGAGGACGAGCCAACUCUACCGGACGUGGAAAUGGAUUAAAAUCAUUUAUCCGUGAGAGACAGUCUGUCGCAGAAGUCAUAAUUCACCUCAAGAAUCAAGGAGAGGAGGCCUACAAACCCCAUGAAUAUAGAAAGACCAUCGUCAUUGUGCGCCGAUUCACGAAAAACGGCUCAUCGUCGUGGAAAAUCCAAACCAAAGAGGGAAAAAUUAUCAGCACCAAGCGUGAUGAGGUAUCCACCAUUUGUGAUCAUAUGAAUAUCCAAGUAGACAAUCCCAUGAACGUCCUAACUCAAGAUUUGUCAACUUAUUCCUAUGCUGCGAGACAAUUUCUAAGCGCCUCUAGUAAACAGGAUAAAUACAAGCUCUUUCUGCGCGGCACUCAACUUUCUCAGCUGGUCCAGGAGUAUGACACGUGCCACGAGAAUAUUAUACACACGUCGAGGAUCAUAGAACAGAAGGGUGUUGUCUUACCUGACCUACGAUCAAGCCUUAAUGAAGCCAAGCAGCGCCUUCGAGAGGUCCAAAGAGCCAGAUAUCAGAAGAAAAGAGUCGACGAGUUGAAGAAGGAAUUGGUUUGGGCACAUGUCAAUGACAAAAAGGCGGAGAUGACAGAUGCAAUCAACGAGGUAGCAGAGCUGAAGGCCAGACAAACACAGAUUCAACAAAAGCUGCAGAAAGCCCAGGCCGAUUUCGACGCCGGGACUGCAGCCGUGACUCGCUACGAAGAGGAAAUCACAGCCAUGGGAGAUAUUGCAGAUCUAACCGCGAGGAAGGAAGAGCUUGGCGACGAGCUUAGGAGCAAUAAACGGCUAUUAAGGGAAAUGCUGCUGCCCCAGAUUCUCGAGCGGAUCAAACGAAUGCGGUGGAAGGGUGACCUCCCUAUAGGUCCUCUAGGGGUCCACGUCAAGGUUCACGACCCCCAGAAAUGGGCCGAAUUGCUGCGAAGGCAGUUGCGCGGUUUUUUGGUUGCUUGGGCUGUUACAGACGGUGCUGAUCUAUUCCAGCUGAGGAAGUUGUUGAAUGAGAACGGAAACGCGGGUUUGCAGAUUGUCGUCGCGAAGAGAGAUCUGACAUUUGAUUAUAGCAGCGGGGAGCCCCCCGCUCGUUAUUUGACUGCCCUUCGCGCCCUUGAGAUAUCCGACCCUUACGUUACGCAAAUGUUCGUCAACCAGUAUCACAUUGAAUCCAUUUUCUUGGCUUCCACUCGUUCAGAAGGUGAUGCGAUUCUCCGUGACUUUGGGCGAGGUGGAUUUGCAUGGACCACAGAUGGGUUCUUGGUCCGUCAAUUUCAUGAAGGCGGUGGAUCUUCUUCGGGAUUACCGCGACCGAAGAAUGAUGUGACUAGAUUACUGUUGAGCGGUCAUGACAUAGCUUCCGAAAAGAUAAAUUAUCACCGGGAAUUAGAACGGCAUCAACGCGAGCGUGAUGCUGGCCAGCAGUUUGUAGACCAACUCAACCGAGAGCUCGCAUCAGCAAAGCGUGACUUCCAAACCAAGAUGAGAGAGGAAAGGGCUGCUAAUGAAGCCAUCCUGACAGCCAGAAGUACACUCAAAGAUCACGAAGCCGCAGCUCAGGACGCCUUGCCCAUCAAUAUUGCUGGUUUAGAGGAUGCCAAUCGGAUUCAAGAAGAGGAAAAGAGAAGUCUUGAGGUUCAGUUUGAAGCUCACUAUACCCGGAAAAGUGAAAUCGACGCAGCACAGAAAGAGCUCCUGACGAAGCUAAAAGAUGUUAAGGCUGAUAUUGACGAAUUCGGCGACAGACGCGACGUCAUACAGGCCAAAGCCGAAAAUGCUGCCGAGAAACGGACACAGUAUAGAUCUAACUUUGCACACUACGAGCGUAAGCUCGCUGAUGAAACCACCCGAGUGGAGCAGGUCGAGGCUAAUGCAGAGGUCCUUCAAGCAGACUUUCAGGAAUGGUCUGCAAAGGCUGAAGAGUAUUGCGAACGGGUGGAUACACGUCGGAAACCUGAUGGGAUCAACAGAAACAUCGAAGCGGCGCAAGCCGCUCUAGAGGAGAGGGAAAGAAGAAAUGGCGCUUCUGUUGAGGAUAUGACGACAGAGGUCAAUCGGCAGAGCGAUCUACUCGAAACUAUCCAGAGAGAUAUUGGGCAGAUGGCGUCCUUGGUCAUUGCAUUAAAGAACUCUCUGACGGAGCGCAGCAAGAGAUGGCACGACUUCUUACUCCACAUAGCUCUCCGAUGCAAACUCAUCUUCCAGUUUAAUCUAUCUAACCGCGGGUAUUGGGGCAAAGUCAUCUUUAAACGCGAAGACGAAACUCUGGAAUUGAGGGUCCAAACCGACGAACAGGCUGCAGCGCAAGGUUCUAAGGAUCCAAGGUCGUUGAGCGGCGGAGAAAAAUCAUACUCCACUAUAUGCUUUUUAUUGUCGCUAUGGGAGGCUAUCGGAUGCCCUCUGAGGUGCCUGGAUGAAUUCGAUGUAUUUAUGGAUGUUGUCAAUCGGCGAGUCUCUAUGAAUAUGAUGAUUGAAACUGCCAAACAAUCCGAUAAGAAGCAGUACAUUCUUAUUACACCUCAAGAUGUGACCAACGUUAUGAUCGGCACCUCUGUUCGUCUGCAUCGGAUGCCUGAUCCUGAGCGGAACCAGGGCAUGUUGUCUUUCCGUUAGCAUACGAUUAUAAAUAAACCCAGAAGCUAUCCAUAAUUGCACGUAGUCCACAUAUUUCCGACCCUCUGUCCCAAAUGCCCUGUAGACGU